UAAUGAACUAUAAUGGUGGAAUGACACAGUGCGUGAAUGCCUAAAGGGAACGCAGCUCUAGGUGGUCGAAAAAGUAGAAGGAAGUUAAGAUUGAAGUGGAUUGAAGAAAUAAAAGAUCGACAGGAAUUAUGUCUAACAAAGAUACAUACAAUCUUUCGCCGGAACAGCAAGAAAUUAGUCGAUGGAGAGACGCAAAACGGCAGCAGUUGCGUGAAAUGUACCUGAGAGAUUCGGGACACCCGACAAAAUCCCUUCUUUGUGAUACAGGAAUAUACAGAUUUGCAUCUGCAAAUGCAACAGUAGCGAAACGUUUCGUACCCACAGCAAAGAAUUUUUUAAUAAAAUCUACGAUUAUCGGCAGUUCCAUUUUUUUCACUUGGUAUAUAUUCACCAAGGAAAGGAGCGCACGGGAACAUCUAUAUUCCACCGGGCAAAUCAGUUAUGCAGAUAGAGAAAAUAAACUUUUAAAUUAAAUAACUAGUUAUCUCAGUAAUGUAUAAGUGAAGUCAAUGUCUCAGUUAAUGCUGAAUUACAUGGAAAAAUAAAUGAUGGAAACUAAACCGA